AUCAACGACAGUCUAACGUUUAUUUAUAUAAUAUCAAGGAAGUAGAACGCACACCUGCCUCUGCUCCAUGUGUUUUUUUCUUUAUUGUCAAUAUUUUCUAUAAAUAAGUGUGGUUAUUCAUCGUCAUAACGAUGCGUUUUAUGAAAACUCAUUUUGUGUUGCUAAUAGUGUAUAUUUUCUGCGAUGUAAAUGGCAUUUUCCUUGAUUACGUGAAAAAUAUUGGCGCAAGUUUGGGUUUACCAAAUUAUUCCAGUGUAGAGGACCAUGAAACAGCUGUUGAGGGCUUUGAUAAUGAAAUUCCAUAUGAGGUUUCUUUGACUGAUGAAAAAUUUAUUGCUGAAGCAAUAAAGCUCACAGGAGUUGCUGUAUCAGAGUUGGAUAGCUGCCAACAUAGAGUGAUAUUGAAGUUGCAUACAGACUGCCAUUCUUUAAAUGAUGAGAUGAUCUCUAAACUGGCUGUGGCAUUAUUGAAUUGCCAGUCGCAUGUGGAGAACAGAAAAACUUAUCCAUGCAAUGAAGAAAUGAGCCUUAAAGAUUGCACUAAAAACAUGGAUCAAAUUGCCUGGAAUAGUUACCUAUUAAUGACCAAUCGAGCAAGGGCAGUUUGUUACUCAGUCCGACAAUCACAAUUCAGGGGCCUCACAGAGCACACAAUAAAUAGGUUGAUGAGUGCUGCAAAAAAUCAACUUGGCACUCUUAGUAAAAUUGCUGAAGAUCAAGAGAAUAUCCAAAGCAUUGCUCAAAAUACUUUGCAAAGUGUUACUAUUGGCCAGCAAGAGAUGGUUGAACAGCAGAAGAAUUUACAGAAAGCUCAGUUUAUAGGACAAUUAGCAAUUGAAUCUAAUAUAAAUAGGCUGAGUGAAGAGAAAAAAAUAAUUAUGGACAGUCAAAGGGAACUUGCAUCUAUGACUAGUAGUAUGAAGUUAAGGUUGGAGGAGGCUUCACAACAAUUGCAGAGUCAAGCUGUAGAAAGUACUGAUAAUCAUAAAACUUUGAUGAAAGAUUUGUAUGAUAUUCAGGAAAAAACAAAUAACAUUUUUAAAAGGAUAGAUGAGUCAUCUCAAUUAUUAAUUAGACAAAGUCAAUUAGCACAGCAACAAUAUCAGGCCACAAUCAAUCAAUUGUCUGAAGUAAAUGCUACUGUUAAUUCAUUGGUUUCAUUGGUUGGAGGAACUAAGCAAGCUUUGGAAAAUAGACUUAGUUGGAUUGUAAAUCACUUGGGUGGUACAGAUGAAGCCCUUGAUAAGGUUUAUAUCAUUUUGUGGCAUAUAUUGUUUUUGUUAACUGCAAUGAUUGCUUGUGCAUUUUUGGCUGCUAGAACUAGUACCCGCUUAGUUGUUGUUAUAAUGGUCCCUACAAAUUUGGCCUUGUCUAUGUACAAAUCACCACAUGCUUCUGAUGCAGUAACACUAACUACUGCUUUGACUAUUUUCAUUAUGUUACAAUACACAUUUGUAGCGAUUCAUAGUAUCGCUAGGACCCGUACAAAAACCCCACAGUUAACAUACAGAACGCCUGAAAAGAAUGCUAUUACACCAAAGUCCGAAACUAAAGAAGUUAACGAGUGUGAAUAUAAACCUUCACCCGUAAGAAGAAGAUUCGAGGAUAUUGUAGAUAAUUUUGAGAAAUCCCAUUUGGAUAGUAAAUACGAAGACGAAGAGGAUAGUUUCGAUGAAUAUGCUUCUCCGACACCCCCUCUAUCCCGGAUUGGUCACUAUAAUAGGUCUCGUAGUCAAACACCUCUGUUUAAAUCAACAUUAAUUGCUAGCAGGGUUAAUUGCAAAGCUAACACUAGGCUUGGCAGCGCAUGUAAAAAUACAUCAAUGCCUGGUAGAGAUUUCUGCCAUAGACAUCAGAAAGGAGAUUCAGUGAUUGCUUAAAUGAUUGUUUGCUACUUUUAAUUAGAAUAGAUAAAUAUGGUAUUUAAGUUUUAAAAAAA